CGAAGUCAAAGCUGGGCGGCAACCUUGUCUCAAAUUAUGAGCCGCCACUCGUCAAGGAGGAUCACUCACGCCUGCUCUCCGGAAUGCCACUGUCCUGGUUCCAGCUGCUCGAUCAGGAUGCGGACGGUUUCGUCACGCUCGACGAGUUGGAGAGCAUCCUAUCUAUGAACUGGAACUCUCCACAAGCGGCGUAUACGGCACGAAAAGCGUUCGCUUUGCCGGAGCCUGUCGAGUUGCUGGAAGCGCUCGAUCGGGACAGAGACGAUCGAAUCAGCCGUGAGGAACUCGACAACCUCCUUCGCUUACCCAAACACAGAGCUCCCGAGGUCUGUUCGACGCUUCGUACCAAGUCCGAAUCGUGCAAGAGUCGGGACUUGCUGCAAUGUUCAGGAUACAUCCCCGCGGCAGAAGCAGCCUGCCGCAACGGUCACGACAACCUGGUUCAAAAGUGCAUCGAGAAUCAUGCUUGCGAGGACAUUUGCUCGUGCAUUCGCUCGGUCGAAAAGGCGGCACUCGGACAGAGCGAUCUGCGUUCCAGCACAACGCAUUGGUCCGUCAAGCAUAAGCUGCACGUCGUACGGGGCGUGCCUCACAGACACGACGUCGGCCAUCACAAAAGACUCCUACCAGCGCUGUUUGCAGCCGCGCUCACAACAAUCCUUGAGAUCGACCUGGGCGCGCUGGUGAUUGCACUUAGCGCUCGGCUGAUGGAGGUCCGGUACUUUUACGGUUUCCGGUUCACCAGUGUCACAUACUGGGACCCCGACGGCUCAAAGCCCCCGCCAGCCUGCUCCACGUACAUCUUCUGGUCGCGCUCCUGCGGAGCCAUCCUCUCAGAGAAGUCUCAUCGGUGCGAUCCUCAGGGAACACGCGUGUAUGACCACUCGUGCUGGGAUCAUUUCCGGUACGGGUCGCGUGGAUGCGGUUUCUUGUACGGGGGCUGUAAGAGCCUGUGCGCCAACGUGAACACCGAUGGCUGCCCGUGUUCGCUCAUUAACAAUUACGACAUGCAACCGGACGUAUCGUAUCCUGGUACCGCCUACACGACUGUGGACAUCAGCGCGCCCUCAGCGUGUGCAGAGCUUUGCAACAAGGAUGCAAACUGCCUCGUGUUCGAGAUUCCACCUUUGACUGCCGACCACCAGAGUCCGCAGUGUCUGUUGAAGGGUUCAAAGGACAUACCAGUGACGCUGACUGGUACCACGUCCUUCGUCAAAAAGACCACUUCCCCACGUCAAUGCACAGGAAAUGUUCACUUCCAGAACACUAGAUUUGGUGAUGAUUGGUUCUCUGACGGCUCUCCCCCAUUCCGGCGCCGCGGCGAGGCAAACGAGGACGAACGGCAACUAGAACUCCUCGACGAACACAAGCUUCAGGACGGUCUGAAUCCAGCGCAACUAAGAGGCUUGGAAGACGGGAAGACUACCUUCGCUUUUCCCAAUCAGAUUAGGACACUGGCCGCGCUCUUAGCAUUUCUGUAUUCCCGGUCACAGCCCAACCUGAACGGCGACGAAAUCUUCCGGGACAUCGCAAAUGUGGGUGGCCAUAUAUGGCCCUUCUACCGCCCGACGGACGUGGAUACAUCCACUCGGCCCGAAGUCACGAUUAGGGAUCCGGGAGGAUGGAACUGGGCCGAGGUCACGCAACGGGUAUUGAAUGCUUGGCGUCGAUUCGUUCUCGAUCAGGGUGUGCUUCCUUCAAUUCCGGCCAACCCAGCAAGUGACGAAGCCCGGGUCAUCCCUCCGGACCUACGCUCAAUCAUAGCGGAUAAUACGGCACGCAUCACCGAGAGCCAGACAUGGGACUGGCGAGGAGCCACAGCUGGCGGGGCGCGCCCACCUCACGUAGGUAUCGUGUUGCCACAGGCAUCCAAUGUGGGCUACUUCCAGAGAGGAGCAGUCGGCCCGACAUCCCUCGAGGCCGCCUUCAUCCUUGGACUUCAAAUUGCAGGCGUCAACUUUGUGGCGGUGCGGUCGGCCAUGCAGUCUGCGCGAGCGCAAGGGUCAAGCAACGCCGGAGAUUUUACCUCGAGCAUGCGCACGGGUAACCUUGGCGAGGAUAGCAUGUGUGUUCAGGCCUAUUCGCGCUUAUCGCAAGGUUACCGGAAUUUAGGCCAAUUUUCCAACCGGUACAACGACGCUCUGGACAGGGGUCCAUCGAACGGUAUCUAUCUCACCUUUGAUCUGGACCCUGACCUUCCGGACAAUGAAGCCAACAUGAACAACAACAUCCUCGUCUUUGCUGUUCAUAUGACAGACCCAGAGGCCCGGCUGCGGCUGAACAACAACAAUGCGGCGCUGAACAAUCCAACGUUUACCGGACACCCAGCCGACAACAUGCCCGGGGCCAACGAUAGUGGCAGGGGCGGUCCAGUGCGCGUCUUUGCCCACGCCCAUGUCGGGACGAUCACGCGGAGGCAGCUGAACGACUUCAACAGGAGAGCUGGUCAGGACUUCCCCGAAUACGAGGAGAUUGGCAAGUUCCACUUCUACAUUAACCCAGAGGAGUCCGCAAGUGAUCCUCGCCAGCAGUAUCGCAAUCAAGAAGGGUAGUGAAACGCGCCAGUACCUUCAAGGCAAUGCAGCUACAGCGGGUGUGCCAGAACCGCCCUUCAACGUCCCUGAAUGCCCGACAUGAGCAUUUUUUCGAUUGCGCUCCCCCGGGAACAGUCAGGACCACCCCAAAUGCCCUCGGCCCCCUUCCGGCGAACAACUU